AUGGCAACCGCAACCAGGUUCGAACGGAUCACCCAACCCCUGGUCAAAAUCACCGAAAUGGACCACAUCGUCCUGCGAACCAAGGACGUCGAGGAAUCCCUCCGCUUCUACACCGAGGUCCUGGGGCUCCAGGCCGAGCGGGUUGAGCAGUGGCGCGCCGGCGAGGUGCGCUUCCCGUCGGCCCGCAUCAACGCCGACACCAUCAUCGACUUCUUCGCCUCCGACGAGAUCCCCAGCGGCCGCGACGACGUCCGCAACCAGGACCAUUACUGUAUGGUCAUCGAUGAAACCGACAUGGAGGCGCUCAAAACUCGCUUCGAGGAUGCCGGUAUCGACAUCCAGGCCGGCCCCGGCAAGCGGUGGGGCUCCCACGGCGACGGCAUCUCCCUUUACAUCUAUGAUCCCGACGACAACGUCGUCGAACUGCGCCACUACUGA